AUGCCCGUCGAAGUCUUCCUCAUCACCGUCGUGCCUGCAGCCGAUACCACCAAAGCCCGCUCGGUCCUCCACGGCUACACCGAGACGCGUCCCGUCACGCACCGUUUCACCCGUGUGCGGCACGUUCGUCGCCUCGACCAGUCUAUCCGGGGCAUCCCCAUCCUGAGGUCCCUGCAGUCCUCGAACCCCAAGCCCGACAGCCUAGCACAAUGGCAGGACCUGCACUCGACGCUGUCUAGGCAGCAAUACAUGCUGACUGAACGUGUCGAUAUAACCCAAGACGCCGAGGCUGCCGUGGCUGCUGGUCAGCCGGUGCCCAUGUCGGAGCAGACGCAAAAAGGCGAAAGGAUCCUACGCUUCAAUGACUUUCCUGACCCUCCCAACCCCCGAGUCCCCCAAACGGUGAUGCAGCGCAAACAAAUCGACAUCCGCGAGCCCGGCCCCUUGCUCGAGCAGCACAUGGCCGAUUCCGGCUUCUCCGUGGCCAACGAGUACAUUGAAGAGACGUACCACUGGUGGGACAACAACAACCUCGAGUUCGUUCUGUGGAGGCAGUACAACGACCUUCCGAAUCCCACUCCGGCGCCGCUUGUCCAAGCUCCCGAUCAAGCGAACUGGAUGGUGCCUGACAUGAGCAAGAUGGAGCCUGUGGCGCCUUUCUGGAUGUUGUAUGUGCGUGCCCUGGUAGAUGCCAACCCGGUAGACAGGAUGGCGGAAAGAAUGGCGGAGGCGCAUGGCAGGUUGGGAAAGGUGGAGAAGGAGCUGGAGGGCGUGUUCAGCUUUAUGGUAUUUGACCGCAGGGCGCUUGAUACAAGGUAUACGGGGGAGGACCCGGAGUAAGAAGUAGACUACCGAGCCUUGGGGGGAAA